CCGCACCAAUCAACAGUUCAGAUCGAGAUCCCGUCGCAGUGAGUGAGUAGGGCGAGAUGAGCAGAGCUCGCUCGCCGCCGGCGCUGGACGACGACGACCUGCUGCCCGAGAUCCUCCUGCGCCUCCCCCCGCAGCCGUCCUCCCUCCCCCGCGCAUCCCUCGUCUGCAAGCGCUGGCGCAGCGUCGCCUCCGACCCGGCCUUCUCGCGCCGCUUCCGCCGCCACCACCGCCGCAACCCUCCCCUCCUCGGUCUCUUCCGCGUCGAAUACAAUCCCCACGUCGAGCUCCGCUUCGAGCCUUCCCUCGGUGCCCCAAAUCGAAUCUCGCCCGAACGCCUCUCCUGGCGAGGAAACGAGGAUGCCGGCUUCUACCAUCCCCUCGGAUGCCGCCAUGGCCUGGUGCUAAUCCUCGACACAACGCAGAAGCAGGUCCUGGUGUGGGACCCUGUCACCGGCGACCAGCACCGCGUCGCCAUUCCCCCAGGGUUCCAACUUGUUAGAACCCUACCCAGCGGUGCGGUGCUUCGCGGUGCCGCCGGAGACGGCGACCACUUCCAGGUGGUCUUGGUAGGCUAUGGUGAGGAACAAAUUGCACAGGUGCUCGGCUGCAUUUACUCAUCGGAAACUGGUGCGUGGGGCGAUCUCAUCUCGACAUCGGUUAGAUCCAAGGAUAUCGUGGCUUCUAUGGAUAAGCCUGCUGUGCUGGUUGGGGAUUCCCUUUACUGGUUGCUUCAUCCCGAUGGAAUUCUUGAGUUUGAUCUUGAUAGUAAGAGACUAUCUGUGAUACCUUUGCCUGUGGAAUUGGAUUUGGUGAGCAGCAGUUUAUUGUUCUCAGUUAUACGGGCAGAUAGCGGUGGGCUUGGUUUCCUCCUUUUGUCAGACUUCAAUGCCCAAUUGUGGGAGAGGAAGACCGGUUCUGAUGGUGUUACUUCAUGGGUGCUGGAAACAACUAUUGAAAUUGAUAGCCUACUUCCUCUGGAUUACGCAGAGGAGGGAGGCCCCCCAGUGAUACUAGCGUAUGCCGAAGAAAAUAACACGGCUCUCAUGUUAGAUGUUGGUCACCGUGGUGGUCUCUUCAUGAUCCAGCUUAAGUCAUUCAAGUUUGAGAAACUCUUGCGAAACAACAACUUAGAUUACUUUCACUUAUUCGAAAGUGUCUACACUGCAGAAACAUGCAUUGGUGGUGGAGCUGGUCUUUUACACAGCACAUAAGAUGAUUGCCCUGUUAGAUGUGCAUUGUGAUGUACUGGUUAACCAGGUACCUAUAAUUACAUUCUGGCGGCUGAUCUGCGGAAGUGGAUUUGUUCUGCUCUAGGUCCUUCCAUUCUGUAUGCUGUGCACGUGGGGCCUUGUGUAGGACGUUUGGUCCUGUCAGUUAAUCUCGUUUUUUUAUGCUUGCAGGACGUUUUGUGGCAGGCAGCCAAAGUGUCGGUGGCGUCACUGUUUGCUUAUGUGCCCGUUGUGCCAGGUCGAGAUUUGAAAUUUAAAUCACUGCUUGUGUUUCACCUCAUGACGGCAUUUAUGGCGCAUGUGUGUACAUGCGCGUUGUUGUAUUCUUAUUAGAUGAAACUUUGCGUCGAAAAGGUACCGUUGCUGCAGUGAUGCUAUUAUGACUUGAAUUUGUAUUAUGAUCAAGCAGGAGCUAUUAUGACUUGAA